CCUGGUGGCGUGGUGUGUUGUGUGCCGCAGCCGUCUUGCCGCCUCGCGUUUGCCGCGCCGUCGCCGUCCUCUCGGUUCUGUGCUUCCCUCGACGCGGUCCUCGUCCUGGACGCGCUCCUCGCGACGCCGCGGCAACGUCCUCAAGAAGCAGGCGACAAAGUGGAUAUCAGUGAAGUGAUGUGCGUGCAGUGUGCAGUGAUCUUGUUGUUGUGACGGAGGGUGACCCGGCCACGCCCGGGCGCCCCUCCCCCUCCCCGCUGGCGCCCCUGGACCAGGAGGGUGACACGGCCGCGGCCAGGAUGCCCGAGCGGGAAGCCUUCCCGCUGCACCUGCCGCCGGCCCCAUCCGCCCUCCCUCUGACGUUCCCGUCGGCGUUCGGGGCGUUCCACGCCCCCGUGGGCCCCAUCCCCGUGGACCAGCGCACGCACGAAGGACGCUACAUCUGGGACCCCGCGCUGGCCGCCCGCGCCGCAGGCCUACCUGGAUUCCACCAUCCCCAUGGGUUGAGCGGCUCCGGCUCCAGCCUGCCGGAACUCCAGCUGCUGGCCGCGCGGCGGGCGGCUGGCGCGGUGGCGGGGGCGGGGGGCGGGGGCGCCGCGGGCGUCGAGCACUUCCACCCCGCCUACCGACUCAACCCCUACAUGGAGCACCUCUACUCGCCGGCAGCCUCUCUACACGGGCUGGGGCUUCCUCCGGACUACCUGGGCUCACUGCAGCCGCCGCCGUCCACCCUGGCCAGCUCCGAGUUCCCGUUCUCCAUCGAAGGGUCUCGACUGGCCAGUCCGCGGCCCGGCAGUCUACGGCAGAGCCGCAAGAGGGCGCUGUCGUCGUCGCCGUACUCGGACUCGUUCGACAUCAACUCCAUGAUCCGCUUCUCCCCCAACUCCCUCGUCUCCAUCGCCCAUGGAUCGCGGUCGUCGUCCGCUAGCGGCUCGUACGGCCACCUUUCAGCCGGUGCCAUCAGUCCCGCCCUGUCCAUGCACCCCGGCAUGGCGCCCCACCUGCAGCAGCUGCAGGAGCACCUGCUGCGGGCCAGCUCGGGCCGCUUCCAGCCCCUGCUGCCGCCGCUGCAAGGCCUGCACCCCGCCAGCCCCUUCUCCCUGCCGCCGCACCCCCUGGCCGCGCACCUGGCCGCCCACAAGGCGGACAUGCAGCUGCAGCUGGACAUGAAGCUGGAGUCGCCGCCAGUGGCGGGCAGCGUCACCGCCGAGGCCGACACGAGCGCCUCGGGUUCGACGCCGCGCAAGGCCCACCGCAUCAAGCGGGAGCCCGGCACGGGGGGAGGCGGCGCGGGCUCGGCGCUCACCUACCAGCAGGAGAAGAACCACCCCUCGCCCGGCGGCGCGGACUGCAACGACGAGCCCGCCGACGACUUCGUGGAGACGCACUGCCGCUGGAGGGAGUGUGCGGCCGGCGAGUUCCCGCACCAGGACGAGCUCGUCAAGCACAUCAAUAGUGAUCACAUUCAUGCCAACAAAAAGUCCUUCGUCUGCCGGUGGGAAAAGUGCACGAGGGAGGAGAAGCCCUUCAAGGCGCAGUACAUGCUCGUCGUGCACAUGAGAAGACACACGGGAGAAAAGCCACAUAAAUGCACGUUCGAGGGUUGUUACAAGGCGUACUCCAGGUUAGAAAAUCUCAAGACCCACUUGAGAUCACAUACAGGGGAAAAGCCAUACAUGUGCGAGUACCCCGGCUGCAGCAAAGCUUUCAGCAAUGCUUCGGAUCGAGCCAAACAUCAAAAUAGAACCCAUUCAAAUGAGAAACCUUACAUCUGCAAGGCGCCGGGCUGCACCAAGCGGUACACGGACCCCAGCUCGCUGCGCAAGCACGUCAAGACCGUCCACGGCCACGAGUUUUACGCCAACAAGAAGCACAAAGGUGACUUGGGCGGUGACGGCCUGGGUGGCGACGACGGUCUUGGAGGCAUGGGCGCGCUCAGCCCCAGCCGGUCCGAGGAUCUGCUGAGCGGCAAGACGGCGUCCAUGUCGAGCCCGAGCGUCAAGUCCGAGGAGGCCAACUCGCCGGGGCAGCAGGGCAGCCCGCUGGGCCAGCAGCACGGCGGCGAGCCGCUCAGCGACUGCAACGUGUCCACCUCCACGGCCAACAUCAACAACGGCGCCAACAACCCCGCCGCCCUGGCGCUGGCCGAGCCGGACGAGUGGGAGGGCGAGGAGAUGGAGCUCCCGGACCUACCUGUUGCGCUUCGGCAGGCCGUGGGCCUCGGCGCCGGCGACGGCGUGGCCGAGGUGUCCGUCGACCGCAACAGUCGGAACCGCUUCAAGUCGCGGCUCCAGGCCAAGGGGCUGGCCUCCCCCAGGCACCACGGCGGUCACGGCCUCGGUGGCCACGGCCUCGGGGGCAACGCCGGCAACAUCGGCAUCGGGGAGAUCAACCGGAGAAUCAGCGACCUCAAGGUGGAGAGCGGCACGACGGGCACGACGGGCAGCCAGAACAUCAUGGACCUGCACGCCAGGCUGGCGCCCCCGGGCACCACCACCGGCACCACCACGGUCCCCGACAUCCGCAGGGACUCCAACUCCACUGUCAGCACGUACUACGGCAGCAUGCGCAGCGCGGACCUGGGCUCCAGCCGUCGAAGCAGCGGGGUGUCCGCCGUCUCCUCGCACCACCCCAGGCUCCUGGCCACGCCAGGCUCGCUCUACGACCCGAUCUCAGCGGGGAGCUCCCGCCGCUCGUCGCAGCAGAGCGCGGCGUGCGUCUCGGCCUCCACGUCCACCCUCAGGCACAGCCUGGGGCCCAACCACAGCCACGCCUCGGCGCCGGGGCAGCACAACCAGCGCCACGAUCUCUACUCCACCUCCAACCUCGUGCUGCAGACGCAGAAUAUGUCGCUGCAGCAGAGUGCCGCCGCCAUGGCGUGGAGCCCCAUCCCCUCCGCGGCGACACCCGUGUGCCCCGGCACCGCCAGCACCCACGGCGACGGCCGCCGCAUGUCGGAGCCCUGCCGGGUGGGCCUGGCCGCCGAGCACCAGCAGCAGCCGCCGCGGCCCCACAGCACCCUGUGCCUGCCCAUGCCCCUCGGGCCCGGCCUCGGCCCCGGCACCGCCCUCAAGCAGGAGCUGCACCCCAACCAGGAGGUGGCCCUGGAGGAGGUUGGCGAGGGCGAGAUGCUGGAGAGCAAGCUCGUCAUCCCCGACGAGAUGCUGCAGUACCUCAACCAGGUCGCGGACGUCCCGGGCUUCAAGAACGAGGACGCGGCGCAGCAAUCGAGCUGCAGCUACAACGCGCAUCCCGCCGCCCACCACCACCAGGCGGCACAGCACCCUCAGCGGCCCGCCUACGGCCACCAAGCCCACCAGGGCCACGGCCACCCCAUGGCGCACGGCUACGCCAGGAGCAUGCCCAGCCCGGGCAUGCCCACCGCCACCACGGUGUGCGGCGGCCCGUCGACGCCGUGCCAGGGCCAGUGCCAAUGUCCGAGCCACGCACCCGUGCCGCCCGUGCCGCACGCCCUGCCCAGCCCCCACAACCAGCCCAGCCCGCUGCCGCACCCGCAGCCCGUGGCCAGCCCCAUGUCGUGCGCGUCCGUGCCCAGCCCCAUGUCGCACUGCCACAGCAUGCACUGCCAGCCGAGUCCCCAGCCCCAGCCCCAGCCUCAGCCUCAGCCUCAGCCCUGCCAAGGCUACAUGCCGCGCAGCCCCGCCCGGCCUGUCCAGCAGGAUAACUACCAGCACGCCCCCGCCCCGCCACAGUCCAACAUGGUGAUCAACGACAUGACCUCCUCGCUCACGUCGCUCCUCGAGGAGAAUCGCUACUUCCAGAUGAUUCAGUAGUGACUCCCACCCUGUACUGAACCCUUGUUGAGAUAAGUCUGACAACUAAAAGCAUCUCAGUAGUUUGUACUUCUUUGUGUUUGUCAAUUGCGUUUUGUGAAUAGAUUUUAUGCAAACUGUAGUGGUGGGGAAAAUUGUGUUGGAGAAACACGCAUCUCAUACUUUUGCAGGUGUGCAGAAUUUCCUUUGAGAUCUGCAUCUGUUGAAAGCCUGCUCGCUGUGAUACAUGCUCAUCAUAUUCCGUUGUAUAUACUCUGUAAUCAUGAGCCUGUCUUGUUAUGGAAUGAAAUUAUAGUACAAUUACUUUAAUAAUUUAAGUAAUGUGAAAGAGCCAAUUUGGCUCUCCUUUUUUAAGUUAUGACUGUGACUUGUGUAAGUAUUUUAUUUGGUGAGUACUGAGCUGUGUUUUUAUGUUUUAUUUCUUUAAUGUAAAAAUUUAAGUGAUUGGAAUGAAACUUGUAAAUUUUAUUGAACUUCAACUAUCUCCGUGAGAAUGAUUUGACUGCUUUGACAAUAAUGCCGUUUGAAAUUUUGUCCUUUAUUUAAUGAAACUAGAUUGAUUAAUGUACAGUUAUUGUCAGUAAAAUUUAUAUGUAUUGUUGUGCUAAGAAAGAUAGAUAUUUUGAAAAAAAAAAUUGUGGUUGAACAAAGA